ACACGUACGUACAUCUACGAUUGCAAGAUGAUGGUGCACCCGCGUCAGGCGCGUGACUGGGCCAGGUUUGUAGGCAGGCCCAGAGGAUACCCUGGAGAAGUCGACAUACUGGUCAGCCCAGCUGCCGAGAUGGAUAGUCUCUUUGAAAGCACUCACUCUGUCAGACAGACGGAUGCAGAGCAGAGCACCUCUCUCUGCGUGUGUCGUGUGUUGUGUGCUUCCAGCUCGACCCGCAGGACACACACAGCCCACGCAAGGGAUUCCCGCCCUUGAGUGAGUGAGCUGAGCCUCCCGCUGGCGUGCGGGGCAAGCACACGACACAACAGCAGUUCAUCCAUCCAUCUCUGCGCUAUGAACCGUUCGUUUGUUGUGGUGCGCAUUGUAUUGUGUCGUGUGUGGUGUGGUAGGUGACGAAGACGCGACGCACUUCGCUGAAUGGCUGCAGCGUCCCGCGAACUACCAAACGAUGAUGUCCCCGGGUGGGUCGGUGGAGGGCCACAAAUUUCCGCGCACGAUGACUCACUGGUUCCACCGUCUUCUGAUGUGAUGUGAUGUGUUGUGUUGUGUUGUGUUGGUGUUAGGCUCAUAUCUUAUCGGUGAGUCGGUUGAGUGUGUUUUGUGUAGCUUGUGGAUGGAUGUGUGUGUGUGUGUGUGUGUGAAGUCAACAUGAACUGCAAUAAGGACAAGCGCGAGAGCGGCCCUCACAGCCCUGUCAUCGAGAGAGGGCUGCACAACAGCGGAACCAUCGCCGUCAUGGUACGUGCGUACCCCAGACAGCCGAUCGACAAGCCUAGCCUCACCAACCACACGGCACGGCACGGGCACGGCACCACCCCACGACCUGGCUGGCAAUCAGCCAUCGGCUAGGCUGGCUGCCUACCUCUUGUUUGUUUGUGAUGUGCAGAAUGCCUUCAUUAGCCUAGCGCGCCGUCUUAUGGAGCCAGCCCCUCCCCGUCAGAUCCACCUCGAUAUACGCAUACUCAAGCUGUACGCACACCCACCGCACCGCACCGAGGGAGGGAGGCGGGACAGGCCAGGCCAGCAGCACACCACCUGUCGCACACACACGCGCGUGUCACGCUCUUGACCUCGUGUCGUCGUGUGUGUCUGUCUGUCUGUGUGUGUGCAGGUAUAGGAACCACAUUAGCGACACGGGUGCCACGGCCAUCGCGGACCUGAUCCGUGCCCUGCCCACGGCUUUGGAGGAGCUGCAUCUGAGCCACAACCACCUGACGGCCAGGGGCGCCAAGGCCAUCAUCGAGGCGUUCGACGACGGCCGCAAGAGGGGCCUCUACCCCAAAAACAGGGGCGGCCCAUUCCCUGUCUGGCUACGCAUGGUGAGGGAGGGAGGGAGGGAGGGAACAGACGGGUGUGAGUAGAUUGGAUUGAUGUGUGUGGACGGGGCUGACCUGACCUGACCGGUCUCUGCUUGCCGUGCGUUUGUAGGAGAACCAGAUCACCCCCGGAGGCAUCGAUGGGCGAGAGCUCAACGAGUUCCUUGUAUCCAGGAAAAUCACAUUCUGUCAGGAAAUGUAGGCUGGGCACACACGCCAUCCCAUUGGUUGAGGGGGGUGCCGGAUGGUCUUGCUCUGUCUGUGUGUCUGUGAAGGGGGCGCGACGGGGGGCGCGAGACCUGUGGCACCAAGUUCUGCAAGCACUGGGUGGGCAUACAGGGACACCACAGACACACCACAGACACACACACACACACACACACACAGACAGACAGAGAGGGAGAGAGAGAUAUUGAGCAGUAGAGCGGGCGUGGGGCAUUAGUUGGUUGUGUCACCCCUCCCUCCCUCCCUCCCUCCCUCCAUUGGUCAGGACACCAGGAGGGGCGAGAGCUGCCCUCUGCUCCACCUGGGCACUAACGCCGAGAUGCCACCCAGUGAAUACAACUUCACCAGGUGCGGCGCGGUGCGGAUGUCAGCCACUCACUCAGUCAGCCAAGCAGAUGAGAGAGAUGCACAUAUUUCAUACUGAGUGUUAUGUGAUUGAUGACUGGUGCGUGCAGCAGAGCGCUUCGCGGCUCCAGCCGGCCCAGUACUCCAGCUCAGCAGCAGCAACAGCCACACCCCCCGCAGCAGCAGCAUCCCUCAGCCAAGGUCCGUCCCUCCCCGUCCCCUGCCAGCCUCCCCCGACUCAACUCACACCCUGUUGGCCAUCACAACAACCACCAGCCGCCUCCCCCCGCCCCCUCUGGGCCACCGGCACCUCCCCACCGACCCAUGAUUCACACGGGCGGCCCUGGCCCCUCCAGGGGCCCCCCCCACCUGCAGCAGCAGCACCAGCAGUAUCAGCCUGUGGCCAAGCAGCACCAGGCGUCCACACCGCCCCGCACACCGUCCAACAACAGCACACCGCGGGCGUCUGUGUCGAGCGGCACCAGUAGCAGCCUGGGGGCCGGGCCGUCUGGCACCACCACUGCCAAGGCCCCUGCUGCUGCUGCUGCUGGUGGUCCGCCGCAGGCCAACGGGCAGCAGGGCAGGCCGCAGCAGCAGACACAGCAGUACGUGCCCAAGCAGCAACAGCCGCCGCCGCCGCCCCCCGCCCCGGCGCCUCCCAGACAGCCGGCCCCGCCUCCCCCGAAGCAGCAGGCGCCCGUCCCGGCUCCGCCAAAGGUACCGGCCCCCGCACCUCCGAAGCAGCCGGCACCAAAGGCUCCUGCUGGGAGUGGUGAUGGGGGUGCUGGUGUGGGUGUGAGGGGUCGUGUGGAGGGUAAGGGUAAGGCUCAAGGGGGUGGUGGUGGUGAGGAGGCGAAAGCGAUGGAGGAGCUCAAGAAGAGCUAUGCUAUGCUUAAGAAACGGUCAGUGAGUGAGCAAUACGGUUGUUACGCGAGGGACACGUGCUGACGUCCAUCUGUGUGUGUGUGUGUGUGUUGAUAUGUCAUCCAUCAGUUACUUGGAGGGUUUGCAGCAGCUCAAGGUGGUGGAUGAGGCGCUCGGCUCCAUCGAAUGCACCAUGUGCAUGGACGCGUGAGCAGCACAACACACGACACGACCAUGUCAGACAGACAGACAGGCAGGCAGGCAGACAGACACGUGGGGUGUGCACAUGACAGACAUGUUGUGUGUGCGACUGACUCCCCUUUGUCUGAUGUGAUGCAUACCUACCAUGCAGCAAGAGGACCCACGUGAUAGCCAUGUGUGGACACACGAGUAAGGAAGCCCACACGGGGGGUGGACACACACCACAAGCCGCCGGAUGUGUGUGUGUGUGUGUGUGUUUAAUGUGCAGUCUGCAGUAGGUGUGCGAGUGAACAGCAGCUGGCAGCUGGAGGGAAGUGCCCCUGGUGCCAAAAGGAAAUCUCAUUCCUGCAUAAGGUCGAGGGGUGGUAGGUAGAUGGAUGGAGAGGCAGACAGACCAAGGGAGGUUAGCCUGCUGUGGGCGUGGUGGACAGAGACAAGAAUUGCCUGCCUGCCUGCCUGGCUGCCCCUAGCUACACAUCCACACACACAUCCAUGGCUGCCUGGUGUGUUGAGUUGUGUGUGUGUGGCGCCUGCUUGCUUCCUGCCCGGCUGUUGGCUGGCGAAUUAUAUUAAGGGGCGGUGCGGUGCGGUGCCAUCAGUCGUAUGAACGCUGGACGGCUGGCUGGAUGGCUGGAUGGAUGGCAUGUGCGUGCGUGCGUGCGUGCGUGCGUUUUUGGAUGAGCCUUUCUUUAUCUGUGCAUAGUCCGAGACCGAGUGAAUGAGUGAAUGGCGUGUGCGCAA